CUGCUCUGUCCUUCCCUCGCAGAGCGGAGGUCUUCCGUGAUCUCACCUGAGCGAACGGCCGCGCGCGCGCGCGCGCGUUCGCGGACAGGUGUGCGCGUACUCGCCUUUCCAACGUUACCUCCUCUUCGCCACACAGACAGACGAAGCGCGGGCAAUUUUAUUACACACGUCCUAGAACACGUAAUGGGAUCCUUCCCCUCCCCCGGGCCGCUCAUUCGCGCUUCCGUCGCGGCUGUUUCGGAGGUUCCCGCUGCGCGGGGAUUAAGGACGUCGAGCGAAUAGGACGAUGCGGCGACGGAUGGAAGGAGGAAAGGGAGGAGGAGGACUCGCAAGCGCGACUCGAUCGGAGGAUCGAAAAGGGAACGGGAUGGGGUCUCCUGCUUUGUGAGGUUGUGCUUCAGCUGAUAGAUAAGGAGGUGACAGAGAGGGACGAGGACUUGGUCGACAAAUGUCAGAGCGGAGUGUCCGUCGUCAUCGUUUGACAGCGCGGAGAUUCUUCGAUGGACUGGCGAAACGACGAAUCGGACCACUCGAGCGUCGAGAACCUAAAGUGGGAUGAGAACGACAACGCGACCAGGACGAAGAAGGAUGUCCCCAGCUUGGGCCGCAAUGUUCGGUCCCAGGAAGUCCAAGUUGGGAUCGGUAUGUGCAAGGACAUCAGAAAAUUCACGUCUGCUUUGGAGAAUCUGGAGCUUGAGACGGACGAGCAGGAUCAAGCGAAACUUCGGACGAGCGACGCGCAGACGAAUUACUUUAACGACUCCGAGCAGGAAGAGACUGGCCCGGUUUUCAGGACGAGGGAAAAGUCUACCUUUCAGUUGGUGCUACAGGGACCGGAGAUCCUGAAUUUCCAGGUGCGAGCGCUCUCGCGUCACUUAAAUUUUGCCCGGUACGAGGCAUUCCCCGGCGGACAUCGCGCCCUACUGGAAGAAGGACUCUCGAAUGUGGCUGUGGAAGUCGGUGAGACUCGCGAGGAAGAUCAGAAGGACCAAAGCGAAGGCUGUCCCUCCUUUGUAUCGCAAGGAACUUUCGUAGCUUGAUUUUAAUUCUUUUUACGGAUGUAUUUUUAAUUUUACGCGAAUGAUUUUUGAAUAACCAUUAAAUAAUAUAUAUAUU